AUGGUGAUCACCAAACACUCUGUGCGUCACGACAAGGUCGAGAAUGUACAGUACCUCUUGGAUCACAAUGCAGGGUCUAUGGCAGGGAAUCCCAGACUCACAUUGAGUAUCCUCAUUAGAUUUUGCUUCGAUUAUGGAUCGGUUGAGGUGUUCAAGGAUAGUCUUCUGAUCUCAGCUGGUCACACACAUCUGAUCAAGUACAUCACGGAGGAGCUCAAAGAUGAUAUCAAUAUCAGCAUUGACUUGGAGUCAUCCGACUCUCUGCUUCAAACUGCAUUGGUCAAUGGGCAUAUGGACAUGGCCGAGCAUCUCCUAGAACUCAUCACCCGAUCUCAAUCCGGCAAAGAUAAGCGCAGGAUGCAGGAUCAGCUGGUGGAUGACAUCCACAAGGACUUGAAGUCAACAUCAUUGAUUGAGCGAUUGUCCAAACAUCAAGGUGUCAGGUGUAUGAUCAAUGUGAAGCCAUUCAAACGCCAACCGAAGCCAUUGGUCACCGAUGUACCGGACCCCAGAGUGGGUGGCACACAUAUAUAA